AUCUCCAUAUCUUAAAAUUUAAGCCAUAUCCAGUAAAAUGUGCUUUGUUGUUUCAAGCUUCAUAUUCAGCUUUGUGCUUUUAAUAUUUGAAAUCGCAUUUGCUACUGCCUCCAGAGUGUCUCUUUGCAGUUUUAAUAUAACUGGCGUUUAUGAUAACCUUGUUCUUUUGCUUAGCAAAAUGUGGCUGAGACGUUUGCUUUUUUGAUUUCAUGGAAACUGGAAUAAUUUGAUCAAAAGCAGAUUUGUAUAAAAUGAGGUGAAAGAAUCUUGCUCUGAUUAUUGUCCCCUAAUUUACUGUCCUCUGUUAUUGCCUCAGAGUGUAAAGCUGUACAGUAAUGGCGACCCCAAAGAGAAAGCAUGAAAGAACCUUUAGAGUAGAAUUCAAGAAUUAAGGCAAGUAGACAAGCCAAAGACCUCUUAAGGAUCAGGCUUGAAGAGAAGGGAAAGUUUGGGAAAAGAAAAGAUAAAGAUAAAGAAAAGCUGGAAGAAGGACAAGCCAUUAUGGGAGACAAAGCUUCGCUUUAUCUGCAAAUGGGGGAAAAGGUUGUUUUUCAAAGUGUAAAGAUAAAGCCAUCUGUCAUUUUUGACCAAGCAUCUCAUGACAAGUCCUUCUAACAAGCACUUAAAGAGUUAAAGGUCAAGAUGAAGUUGACUGGUGGCCAAGAUAAAAGGAGCCAUGCCUCAUGUAUCCUACAGAAUAAGAACUGUCCUCUUGCUACUUGUAUCCCCAAGUACCUUAACAUCUAGCACAUUUGAAGAUGUCCGUGAUGCUGAAGACGCCCUUCACAAUUUGGACCGGAAGUGGAUUUGUGGCCGUCAGAUUGAAAUCCAGUUUGCUCAAGGGGACCGGAAAACACCAAAUCAAAUGAAAGCUAAAGAAGGAAGAAAUGUGUACAGCUCUUCCCGUUACGAUGAUUACGACAGAUACAGGCGUUCUAGAAGCCGCAGUUACGAAAGGAGGCGGUCAAGAAGCCGUUCUUUUGACUACAGCUAUCGCCGAUCUUAUAGCCCUAGAAACAGUAGACCUGCUGGAAGACGCCGCCGUAGCAGAAGUCGUUCAGAUAAUGAUAGGUUCAAACACCGUAACAGGUCUUUUUCAAGGUCAAAGUCCAAUUCAAGAUCACGCUCUAAGUCACCACCCAAAAAAGAAAUGAAGGCUAAAUCACGUUCUAGGUCUGCGUCUCGCACUAAAUCUAGAGGCACCUCUAAAACGGAUUCUAAGACACAAUAUAAGUCCAGCUCAAGAUAUGAAAAAGAACCAAGAAAAAAAGAACCAACUAGAUCCAAAUCUCAGUCGAGAUCGCAUUCUAGAUCUAGAUCAAAAUCCAGAUCCAGGUCAUGGGCUAGUCCCAAGUCCAGUGGCCACUAACAUUGUACAUUGGGGAUUAUUUUUUUUUAGGCAUGUAUUAUUGAGUUACACAGUUGAGUUAUGAUGUUGCGACAUUGCUUUAAAACAAUUUUGUCAGUCGUCCCUGUAGGAGGCAAUUAUUGCUAUUAAAAUACAAUAUUGACAACCUUACCCAAGAGAGUCCGUUUUGUUAAAUGUCAUGGGCAGCUACAAGGUUCUUGUGGUGUUUCUUAUGUAUAUUUUUGUAAAAGACUUGCAAUUUUUAUGCUUCGGAUACCUAUGGUACCUUGAUUUCGCCCUCGUUUGCAGCUUUGUCCUAAUGACACCGGCUGUAUAUGGAUAGCCAGUCCCUGUUUAAACUGUCCAGUAAUGCCUUGCCAUGGAACUGGAAAAUUGGAGCAACCAUGGCUGCUGUGAAAUAGAUGAAUUACUUCAAGGAGGGGAGUGUUUGCCUUGCCUCCUGUGCCAAGAUGGACGGCUAACAAAGUAUUGUGGAAGAAGAAAUCGAAGUACUCAUAGAUAUCUCUGAAGUAAUGUUUAAAAAACAAAAAACCGGAGCAGGCCCUAAGAGAUUUUGGUCAGGGUUAAAGGUGCUUCUUUCUAACUAAUCUCUUAACCCCCCCCCCCCCCCCAAAAGGCAAAAAUACUCAGUUAAAUAAUUAGGUAAAUGUAUAUACAUUUGUAUGUUCUGUGAUGUAUCCUAAGUUUUAGCAAGCAGUUGAUCACAAACUGCCUAGGUUUUCUUGCAGUGAUAAGUACAAACAAAGCAUUUCAGAUUAGUGUGUACAGUGUGUAAGAACUAAAACUUUGACACCAACGCCAUCAUAGGUCGCUUGCGUGCCCAUGCAUACCAAUCUUGUAGCCAUGUCUCCCAAGCGUACUACACAUCGGAGCCUAUGUCACGGGUUAAAUAAAUUGUGAGAACAUAAUGUUCCAGUUGCAGUGUAGCAUACCUUAACUGCGUUCACACCGAACGUGAGGAAGAGCUGCGUCGUUUCCUUUUGGCUUUGUAAAACCGUUAUCUCAACGUGAAAAGUUGCCAUGGCAUAAUCUGAAAAGUAUUCUUGAGAAGAGAGCACUGUGUUGUAUUAGUUUAUUUUCCCCUCGAAACGUGGAAGACGGUAUCAAAACAUUUACAGCCCUCUGCUUCUGUUUUUAAGUUUCAUUUACUCCAUCUGGCCACGCGAGAGUAAAGGUGGCCUUUUUCCCCAAGUACUGGUUGUGGAAUAUGUUUAAAUGGGUGAUUCUAGAACCUUUGUAUAUUUGAUAGUAUUUCUAACUUUCGUUUAAUGUUUAAAAAGUUAGUGUUCUGCUAUGCAAUCACUUCUAUAUUGUGUUUCUUUUUUUUUUGUAGACUUCUCCCUGAUGUAUAGUUUUAAAAACGAACUGUACAAAUUGUAGCAUUUCCGUGCGGCUCUGGUCAGAAGAAAGUUGUGGAAAUAAACUUUGUAUUUCCUUUCUUA